AACUCAAACUACGGAUCAGAGUUUCUUCAGUGACUGUGAUCUGACAAAGAUGGAACAAGAAAAGCGUCACGAUCCUAACGACACCACCCUGAGAUUUGUUGAUCGACCGGAUGACAUUCUCCUUGAUGAUGAUCCCAACACCCAAAGGAUAGAGAUGCCUUGUGGCCAUGCUGUCACACCUCAAUCCCUCACAGCCUACUGUCGCAGUCUUCUGGAUCAGGGUCAGUACAAGUUCCUGUGUCCAGCUCUAAAAAAUGGAACAAAUAAUAAGUGUGGGGCUGAGUGGAAGUACGUAGAAGUGCGGAGGAUUGCUUUACUGACUGAAGAGGAGCAGAAUCACUUUGAGAAGACUAUGGCUGAACUGGCAGCAGCUAUGUACUGUGAAUAUAACUCAUGCCCUGGUUGCAGUUCAUAUAUUGAGAGGCAGAAAUUGACCAACCUGUGUGUACGUUGCACCAUUUGUACAGCUGAAAGCGGUAAGUGUUAUGAGUUCUGCUGGCAGUGUCUGAAGACCUGGAAAGGACCAGCACCUCGCUCAGACAAGUGUGAAAACGACAGCUGUGUUAACCUCAAACUUGAGAAGCUGUUAAAAUGUAAAGAUACAAUCCUUCCUGAGGUUCAAAACCUGAAAUGCCCCUCACUGAGAGCUUGUCCUACAUGUGGAAACGUGGUUGAGCAUAAUACAAGAGGGUGUAAGAAUAUAAUAUGCAAUCGCUGCAAUGUUGAAUUCUGCUUUUCUUGCUUAAAGAUUAAGGCUGAAUGCCUAAAAACAAGCUCACACUUCAGACCAUGCUCAAAUGGUGUAGCACCUCGGCAAACAUCCAUUCCAACCUGGAAUAAGUAGUUAAGUAAAAUUUUGCCAUAUUAUAAUACCAAAAGGCACAGUUUUCAGUCUCUUUAAAUGUUUCUAUGGCUGUAACUUAAUACUUAAUAAGUACUUAAUAAGUAUAAACUUAAGUAUAAAUUAAAAAACGUUUGACAAUUGUCCUCAAAUUAUAUAAAAAAUGAUGUUGUCUUUGUUGUCAUUUGUGUAAUAAUAACAGAAUUUUGAUUAGCACAAAUAAAACAUUAGUCUAAACUUUUUUCUUUGUAUUGUUUUCUUACUCCCAUGUAAAACAUAAAAAUAUACUUUUAAUACUUAACUACAAAAGAUUAAUCUAAUUCACAUCCCUGUCUUUACACAGUUGGACUUGUUAAAAGGAAUUUGAGUUACUGUUAAAUCCAUAUGAAUUGUUUUUGUCAUUGAUAACAUUAAUGCAUAAUUUUGUAGCCAUUUUUUAAAAACUUUUUAAUAUUAUUAGUUAACUGUUUUCAUUUGUUUUUCCAAACACCAUUCUGUGACUUUCUGUUUUGCUUUGCCACACCUUUUACAAUAAACAUCAUGUAGUAAGUAUGUGAAAUAUCCCAGUCACAUAUCAUCAGCUCGUGUGAAAUUUCAUUCCUUUCAUGAAUGCUGUCACACCUGCAGACUGUGUGCAGUGGGAUUUAAAAACACACACACAUUUACUUGAUGGACAAAGAAGGUCAAAGUCUUUGUGUACUAUGCUCCAGAAAAUAAAAUAAACAUGGUUACAUGGGUAUACACUUAAUAUAGUGUGAAUUAAGUGUAGUAAUGAAUAAAACAUACCAUAGUCAUUUACUAAACUGUUUACUUGUUCUGUGUAACAUUUAAAUGAAUUACUUUCCAUUUUUAACAAAAUCUCUCUCUCUAUAUAUAUUU